GGAGUUGCAGCCGCGGCCAGAGUCCGUAGCAGCCGCCGCCCGAACAGAGCCGUUCCUCCGAUUCGAGCCCAACACAGCCCCAGCCCGGCCCGCUGCCCCGAGCCCCAGCCUCAGCCCGGAUCCCAGCCACGAGCGCAGCAGCAACUGCCAUGGAGGUGAUCAACCUGGUUGAGCAGCCCAUCAAGGUGACGGAGUGGCAGCAGACAUACACCUACGACUCGGGCAUCCACUCUGGGGCCAACACCUGUGUGCCGUCGGUCAGCGGCAAAGGCAUUGUCGAGGACGAUGAGGCCUGUGGCCGCCAGUACACCCUCAAGAAAACCACCACCUACUCCCAGGGGGCUCCCCAGAGCCAAGGUGAUCUGGAAUGCCAAAUGGCAAUGACGAGGGCCCAGCGGGUGAGGGCAGCCAUGUACCCAGAGACGACUGAGGAUCGUUCUCUUCUGCUGACCACCCAGAUCGAAGGGCAGGCCACCAACGUGCAGCGGCUAGCGGAGCCCUCCCAGCUGUUAAAGUCAGCCAUCGUUCACCUCAUCAACUACCAGGAUGAUGCUGAAUUGGCAACUAGAGCCCUGCCUGAACUCACCAAACUGCUCAAUGAUGAGGACCCGGUGGUGGUAAGUAAGGCAGCCAUGAUCGUGAACCAGCUGUCAAAGAAGGAGGCAUCCCGACGGGCCCUGAUGGGCUCACCCCAGCUUGUGGCUGCCGUCGUGCGCACGAUGCAGAACACCAGUGACUUGGACACCGCCCGCUGUACCACCAGCAUCCUGCACAAUCUCUCUCACCACCGUGAGGGGUUGCUUGCCAUCUUCAAGUCAGGGGGCAUCCCUGCGCUGGUCCGCAUGCUCAGUUCUCCAGUGGAAUCAGUCCUGUUCUAUGCCAUCACGACAUUGCAUAACCUGCUGCUUUAUCAAGAGGGUGCCAAGAUGGCCGUCCGUCUGGCAGAUGGGCUGCAGAAAAUGGUGCCCCUCCUCAACAAGAACAAUCCCAAAUUCUUGGCCAUUACCACUGACUGCCUGCAGCUUCUUGCCUAUGGCAACCAGGAGAGCAAGCUCAUCAUCCUGGCCAAUGGGGGCCCCCAGGCUCUGGUGCAGAUCAUGCGUAACUAUAGUUACGAGAAGCUGCUCUGGACCACAAGCCGAGUGCUCAAGGUGCUGUCUGUGUGUCCCAGCAACAAGCCUGCCAUUGUGGAAGCUGGUGGUAUGCAGGCCCUGGGCAAACACUUGACAAGCAACAGCCCUCGCCUUGUGCAGAAUUGUCUGUGGACCCUGCGCAACCUCUCCGAUGUAGCCACUAAGCAGGAGGGCCUGGAUAGCGUGCUGAAGAUCUUAGUGAACCAACUGAGUGUGGAUGAUGUGAAUGUGCUCACCUGUGCCACAGGCACCCUUUCCAAUCUGACCUGCAACAACAGUAAGAACAAGACACUUGUGACUCAGAACAGCGGCGUGGAGGCACUGAUCCAUGCCAUUCUGCGUGCGGGCGACAAAGACGACAUUACUGAGCCUGCUGUCUGUGCACUGCGACAUCUCACCAGCCGCCACCCAGAGGCUGAGAUGGCACAGAAUUCCGUGCGCCUCAACUACGGCAUUCCCGCCAUUGUCAAGCUGCUCAACCAGCCCAACCAAUGGCCUUUGGUUAAGGCAACUAUUGGAUUAAUCAGGAACUUGGCCUUGUGUCCUGCCAAUCAUGCUCCCUUACAGGAGGCAGCGGUCAUUCCCCGCCUUGUCCAGUUGUUGGUCAAGGCCCAUCAGGAUGCCCAGCGCCAUGUGGCUGCAGGCACACAGCAGCCCUACACGGAUGGUGUAAAGAUGGAGGAAAUUGUGGAAGGCUGUACUGGUGCCCUGCACAUUCUGGCCCGCGAUCCCAUGAACCGUAUGGAGAUUUUCCGGCUGAACACCAUCCCUCUGUUUGUCCAGCUCCUGUACUCCUCAGUGGAGAACAUUCAACGAGUGGCGGCUGGAGUGCUGUGUGAGCUGGCCCAGGACAAAGAGGCGGCCGACUGCAUCGAUGCCGAGGGAGCCUCAGCCCCGCUCAUGGAGCUCUUGCAUUGCCGCAAUGAGGGCACUGCCACCUAUGCCGCCGCUGUUUUGUUCCGUAUCUCUGAGGACAAGAACCCAGAUUAUCGCAAACGUGUUUCUGUGGAGCUCACAAAUUCUCUCUUCAAACAUGAUCCGGCUGCCUGGGAGGCUGCCCAGAGCAUGAUCCCCAUUAGUGAACCUUACCAAGAGGACCUGGAUGCCACAUACCGUUCCAUGUACCCCGCUGAUGGGCCCAUGGACCCUAUGGAGAUGCACAUGGACAUGGAAGGGGAGUACCCCAUUGACACCUACAGUGAUGGUCUCCGGCCCACUUACCCUACUGCUGAUCAUAUGCUGGCUUAGCCCAGCCCCUCACUCAUGGUAUCAUUCUUGAUCCCAGGUAAAGGGACUGAGACAGAAAGUGCCUGAGCGGAGGACCAAGCUGGGUGGCUGGGACUUCACUCGCCCACGCCCAUAAGAGGUUCUCCUCUUUGGGGUUUUUAUUAAUUUUGAGUUCUCUUUCCAUGUAUGUGUGUGUGUGUGU